CUUUAAUACACCACAACGCCUCGAUCCCACUCCUCAUACCUCCGCCUAUUCCAAACUCACACUUGCGCCUUGUCACCUUCUACACAACCAUGAUUCGACAUACCCUGAUAGCGCGGAUCGACGGCCUAAUUCUGGUAACGUCGAGCGAUAAUGGAGAGGUAGAUGCUGCGCUCAACGAAGCCAAGGGAAAGCUCAAGCUCAUCCUUCGCCGUCUCAACGCCAAUGCAGAGCCCCAGGCCACCAUUGAGGAUGGUCCCUAUACCGCCCAUUAUAUAAUGAAGAACGACCUAUGCUUCUUCUGCAUAUGCGACAAAUCAUACCCUCGAAAGCUCGCAUUCACAUACCUCUCCGAUAUUUCCUCCGAGUUCACCAACACCUACAACUCUACACAAUACGGAGCAUCAUCAUGUCGGGCCUAUCAAUACAUGGAAUUUGACACAUUCAUCCAAAAGACCAAUAAGACCUACCAAGACACCCGCGCCACACAAAAUUUCGACAGAUUGAACGACGAACUCAAAGACGUCACAAAAGUAAUGACCAAGAACAUCGAGGACCUUUUAUAUCGCGGCGAUAGCCUUGAGCGCAUGGGCGAUAUGUCGAGCAGAUUGAGGGAAGACAGCAGGAAAUACAAGAAAGCAGCCGUGCGGAUCAACUGGGAACUGCUUCUGAAGCAGUACGGUCCCUUUGGUGCUCUUGCGUUCAUAAUAAUUGUGUUUAUCUGGUGGCGAUUCUUCUGAGUGGCACCUUGUAUCUUGAGUUUAUAUCAUGCUGAGGGUAAGCGCCCCUACGGCCUAGAGCCAAGUGUAAUGUGAUUUAGGAAAUAUGUAGUAUACCCCAACUAAAGAUGUAAUCAAGUUCACUUA